CGCGGACGGCGGUUGCUCAGCUCGACUCGUCCCCGCUCCAGCCCCGCGCUCUUGCUGCUGCCGCUCCCGGAGCAGCCAUGGCCUCCCGGCGGGUGCUGCUGAGCCAGGCGGUGCCCGGGCAGUUCGACGACGCGGACUCCUCCGACAGUGAGAAGAUGGGCCUGAGGACGGUCCCCGGGGAAGCAGACACACUUAUUGAAGCCCUCACAGACAGUGCCAGAGAUGAGCCGUGGGGCAGAGGAAAGGAGGAGGAGGAUGAGGAGGACAACUAUGACGAAGACGAUGAUGAUGACGACUGGGACUGGGACGAUGGCCUGGGCCGACUCACUAGAGCUCACGGAUGCAGUGGCAGGAACAUCCCACAGGCAAAUCCUCAGGCUGCCAGUUGCAACUCAUCCAGGAUGUCCACCCCAGCAGACAAAGUCCUGCGGAAAUUUGAGAACAAGAUCAACCUCGAUAAGCUAAACGUUACGGAUUCCGUCAUGAAUAAGGUCACUGAGAAGUCGAGGCAGAAGGAAGCCGAUCUGUACCGCAUCAAAGACAAGGCGGACAGAGCCACCGUGGAGCAGGUCCUGGAUCCCAGAACCCGAAUGAUUUUAUUCAAGAUGCUGACUCGAGGCAUUAUAUCAGAGAUUAAUGGCUGCAUCAGCACUGGGAAAGAGGCGAACGUGUACCAUGCGCGUACAGCAGCUGGCGAGAGCAGAGCCAUCAAAAUCUAUAAGACUUCCAUCCUGGUGUUCAAGGACCGCGACAAGUACGUCAGCGGGGAGUUCAGGUUCCGGCACGGCUACUGCAGAGGGAACCCCCGCAAGAUGGUGAGAACGUGGGCAGAGAAGGAGAUGAGGAACUUGAUCAGGCUCAACACUGCCGGGAUCCCGUGCCCAGAGCCUGUCCUGCUGAGAAGCCAUGUCCUAGUCAUGGGUUUCAUCGGGAAAGAUGACAUGCCAGCUCCACUCCUGAAGAAUGUCGCACUGUCAGAGUCCAGGGCCAGGGAGCUGUACCUGCAGGUCAUCGAGUACAUGAGGACCAUGUACCAGGCUGCCCGGCUGGUGCACGCUGACCUCAGCGAGUUCAACAUGCUGUACCAGGGCGGAGGCGUGUAUAUCAUCGACGUCUCCCAGGCUGUGGAGCAUGACCACCCGCACGCCCUGGAGUUCCUGCGGAAGGACUGCGCCAACGUUAAUGACUUCUUUCUGAAGCACAAUGUGGCGGUGAUGACGGUGCGGGAGCUCUUCGAGUUCAUCACAGAUCCCUCAAUCACGGCAGACAACAUUGACGCCUACCUGGCUCAGGCCAUGGAGAUCGCGUCUCAGCGCACCCAGGAGGAGCGGUCCAAUCAGGACCGUGUGGAUGAAGAGGUAUUCAAGCGUGCCUACAUCCCCCGGACACUGACAGACGUGAAGCACUACGAACGGGAUGUGGACCUGAUGUUGAAACUGAAGGAAGAGGACCAGGCCCUGGGCGCCCAGCAGGACACGGUUCUGUACCAGACAGUUACGGGUCUGAAGAAGGACUUGUCCGGAGUCCAGAAGGUCCCUGCACUCCUGGAAACUCCAGCCCAGGAAGACACUGGAUCCGAGUCGGACGAGGACGGCAGCUCCGAGGGCUCCGGCUCAGAUGCGGAUGGGCAGGACCAGACUGUGCCCAGGGGCCCAGCUGCUGGCGUGGAGCUAGACAAGAAGGAAAGGAAAAAGAUGGUCAAGGAGGCGCAGAGAGAGAAGAGGAAAAACAAAACCCCCAAACAUGUGAAGAAGCGGAAGGAGAAGACGGCCAAGACGAGAAGGGGCAGAUAGCCCGUGUCCUGGACAGGCCUGUGGACAGUGCUGUCCCUGCAGUGCCACUGAUAGGCCUCUGGGUGGCACUGUACCCUCUGGCAGUCGGGCAGAGUUGGUUUGAGCCACUUUCCAGGGCCAGCAGAGGCCCUGGGACCAGCAGCCAGGCUUUGUUUUGGGAACCCCCUAGGGCUGAUUUCAGGGGCUCAGGUGAGGCAGGGUAGCCCCCAAGAGCACUGAGGUUGUGAAUAAAGCCCAGGCCUGGGGGAGCAAGAGGUGUCAGGGCAGGAGCGGGAGAGCUGGGGUCCUCGUUGGGUGCUGUGGGUGCCCAGGGACGGGCCUGAACUGCUGGGAGCCUUGUGUUCUUGCGUGGGGCCCGUAGUUUCCAGCGCCGUGACCCCCCACCACAUUCCCCCUCUGCCACCUUCCCCUCCCAUGCCAUCUUCCACAUGCCUCAGCCACAGGGCGACCCUACAGAUGGCAUCUGCAUCUGUCCCCUCCAGUGGCUCUAGCAGGGGGCAGCCCCCGUGCAGCGGGACCAGCCCUUGUUGGGGGCAGGAGUCCGGGGCUCUAAGGGCUGGCGGCGAGCCCUGCUGUUGUUGGCUGGUGCCACGACCCUGUUGGGAGUAAAGAGGCGGC